UGAAAAUGCUGAUUAAUUUUACAAAAUGUCACAGUGGAAAUGGUACUUAUGAAUACGUAAUAACGUAUGACUGUUUUGGUUGCAUAUUUUACACCAGUUGAAUUUAAUGAAAUAUUGUAGACAUUCUCAAAUUCUUUUAUUUUGUCUUUUGGUGAAUAUUUUUAUCUUUCUGCUGUUGUUUUUGUCUCAACCAGGGACCAAUGACCAUAAACACAAACAAGGUAGACCAAAAUCUAUUGGAGGAAAAUUUACAGUUGUGAUUAUUGAAUUUGAAGAAUUUGAAAAUGACAUUCCAAACACAGUGGAUUCAAUAUUAAAUUUGUUCCCUGAUGUAAAUAUUUUAAUUGUCAGCAAGAAAUUGCCAUACCCACCUGUAGAUGUAUCUCAGGAUAAUGUCAAGGUUGUUGUAAGAGAUCAGGCAAGCAGUGAUCCAAAAAAAUGGGGUGAUCCAUCAUUCUACAUCAAGACAAAGUAUGUUUUAUUGAUCCCGGAUUCAGUGAGACUACACAAUGGUAAAAAACUGAAAAACUUCAACUAUGAAAAGUUGAACACCAUAGAUGGAGCAAGGAUCGCUGCUUUUCCUGUUGGCAGCAAUUACCAGUGUUCAAAACUAAAAGUUGACUACAGGCAUUGGACAAUGUCAUACACAGACAAAACAUAUGAUGGAGUUUGUGAUGCUAUAAGUGGCACAUCAAAAGUUGUUUUAUUACUUCAAUCUUCCCAUCUGGCCAAUCUGAGUGAACCAUUUCUGAGGCCAUACCCUGAAGGUCUGUUUAUUCAGUUUGCUUCAAAAGGUUGGAAAACAACAGUUUAUGAUAAUAACAUUUUCACCCCAGGGAAAGAACUAUUCACUGAUACACAUAAAAGAUGGAAAGCUGAUCAGAAAAAGAAUGAACGAUUGUUGAGAAUGUACAAAAGAUUUGGCAUAAAACUUAUUAACGAAAAUGGGGUGGAAAAUUGGUACGGAUGCAAUAAACAAACAGCACGGUGUUUUGGAACAGUAAUAGAUGACAUGCCAGAAUAUAUAUACCAAGGAAGAUUGACACCACCGUGUUGUAUGCGUCAUUUGAAGGAGACAACGCGUUAUGUACUUAGUACAUUGGUGAAGUCUGGAGUCAGUUACUGGCUUGAGGGUGGUAGUUUACUUGGUGCAGUAAGGAAUGGAGACAUCAUACCUUGGGAUUAUGAUGUUGAUAUUGGUAUUUACCAGCACGAAAUUAGCAAGUGCAGCCAACUGCAGCUUGUUCAAGAGUCCCCACAGAAGAGAUAUACAGAUGAUCAAGGCUUUGUUUGGGAGAAAGCGCGAGAGGGAGAGUUUUUCCGGGUUCAAUUUAGUGAAACAAAUCAUUUACACGUAGAUAUAUUUCCAUUCUACGAAAAGAAUGGUAUAAUGACAAAAAAUACUUGGUUUAAAACACACCGCCAAGACUCGGAAUUUCCUGCACAUUAUUUGAAACCUUUAACAACUUUGGAUUUUGCUGGUAUUAAAGCAUCUGUUCCAAACAACUAUAGAGAAUUUUUAGAAUUAAAAUUUGGUAAAGGUGUCAUUGAAAAUCCGCAAUUUCCAAAUCCAAAGAAGAUGAAGAAGAGAAAGAAGACAUCUCUCGGAGACAGAUAAUAUAGCCUUUUACAUUCUACAGCUCUCAGUCAAGGUCUGAACAAGGUAAACUAAGACGUUGGAGGUUUUAUUUUUAACAUCUUCUUUAGCGACUUUUAGUGAUAUCUCACGCAACUAUGCUAAGGUUGUAAAUCUGAUAAGAAUACAAUUAGCAAACACCAAGAUAAUAAACUAUAUAAGGCACUAAUCAUUUACUAACAUUGUAAGAAUCAUCAAGUUUGACAAGUCCUAUUCGUCUCAGGACGAAUUCUCAAAUAAAAGUGAAGAUAUAAAAAGA